AUGAUGAUCAAAUCUUUAUUUUAUGCAACCACCAAAACCUCGCGCCCGGAUCCCACCGGACUGCAGCUCUGUUCACCUCUUGUCAUAAGUCCUGAAGAUGUCACUCGUUUUCUCUCGGCUGUUGGACACCAAGGUAGCAAAGCGCCAUCUCUGGGACAUGCACAGCUCAUGCUGUUUCUGUCGGUCAUGACUGAGCCAGCAAUGCUGCUACUUAUCUCUAGCCCCCGGUGUCCGAUAAACCCAUUAGGCGCCGUCAAUGUUCGCAACACAUUCGAGCUGAUCCGUCCAGAACUGUGCGACCUAGAAAACCUUAUGGAUACCGACUCUGCACACUUGGAAGCAGUUGUACGCCCCAACCCAACGCCAGUAAAACGCGGCAUUGAGUGGGAACUAGAAGUAAAUGUCAAUGUGCCUAUCGAAAAGAACGAUGGCGCCGUUCGUACCAUUUUCCGCCAAGUCUUUACCAUGCUGGAAUUCAGGAAGAUGCCGGGCCAUGUCAAGUCUAAAGGCUUGGACAACAGUCAAUCCAACGUGUCGACAUCAAUCCCCAUGGAUGCUAGUACACAGAUAUCGCUAUCUGGAGACGACCCGCUGAAAUGGGCGGCGCUCUGCAAGGACUACAACUUUAUACACCUGUCCGGGCUCGCUGCAAAGCUCUUUGGCUUACCUGGCAAGCUUGCCCAUGGAAACCAUGCAGCUGCAAAAGCAUUAUGGAGCUCGUAUAGCGCCGGAAAUACUAUUUCACCAGAGCAUGGACCCUUACGGAUGCGAGUAGAGUUUAAGAAACCAAUGGUCGUCCCCGCCGUCUUCGACGUAACCGUGAACCAGUCAGACAGUACUCGUGUCGAGUUUACCAUUCUUCGUAAGGGGAGAGUUCACGCCACUGGGGAUUAUGGUCCACUAGAGUUGUACAAUUCCUAGGACACGUUAGCAUGCUUGAUUGCAUUGUUCACCGUCUUACGGUGGAUGCACC